AGGACAACGGGCGUCGCCGGCGCCGUGUGACUCCGGGCUGUGGGCGCGCUCGCGGUCGUUCGGCCAUGGUUUUCUCAAAUAGUGAUGAAGGCCUUAUUAACAAAAAGUUGCCCAAAGAACUUCUCUUAAGAAUAUUUUCCUUCUUGGACAUAGUAACUUUGUGCCGAUGUGCACAGAUUUCCAAGGCUUGGAACAUCUUAGCCCUGGAUGGAAGCAACUGGCAAAGAAUAGAUCUUUUUAACUUUCAAACAGAUGUAGAGGGUCGAGUGGUAGAAAAUAUCUCAAAGAGAUGUGGUGGAUUCCUGAGAAAGCUCAGCUUGCGAGGCUGCAUUGGUGUUGGGGAUUCCUCUUUGAAGACCUUUGCACAGAACUGCCGAAACAUUGAACAUUUAAACCUCAAUGGGUGCACAAAAAUCACUGACAGCACGUGUUACAGCCUUAGCAGAUUCUGUUCCAAGCUGAAACACCUGGACCUGACCUCCUGCGUGUCUAUUACAAACAGCUCCUUAAAGGGCAUCAGUGAGGGCUGCCGAAAUCUGGAGUACCUGAACCUCUCUUGGUGUGAUCAGAUCACAAAGGAUGGCAUUGAAGCGCUGGUACGGGGUUGUCAAGGCCUAAAAGCCCUGCUCCUGAGGGGCUGCACACAGUUAGAAGAUGAAGCUCUGAAGCACAUUCAGAAUUAUUGCCAUGAGCUUGUGAGCCUCAACUUACAGUCCUGCUCACGCAUCACGGAUGAAGGCGUGGUGCAGAUAUGCAGGGGCUGCCACCGGCUGCAGGCCCUCUGCCUUUCGGGUUGCAGCAACCUCACUGACGCAUCUCUUACGGCCCUGGGUCUGAACUGCCCGAGACUGCAAAUUUUGGAGGCUGCCCGAUGCUCCCAUUUGACUGAUGCAGGCUUUACACUUUUAGCUCGGAAUUGCCAUGACCUGGAGAAGAUGGAUCUGGAAGAAUGCAUCCUGAUAACCGACAGCACGCUCAUCCAGCUCUCCAUUCACUGUCCUAAGCUACAAGCCCUGAGCCUUUCUCACUGUGAGCUCAUCACAGAUGAUGGGAUCCUGCACCUGAGCAACAGCACCUGUGGCCAUGAGAGGCUGCGGGUAUUAGAGUUGGACAACUGUCUUCUCAUCACUGACGUGGCUCUGGAACAUCUAGAGAACUGCCGUGGCCUGGAGCGCCUUGAGCUGUAUGACUGCCAGCAGGUCACUCGAGCAGGCAUCAAGCGGAUGCGGGCUCAGCUCCCUCAUGUCAAAGUCCAUGCCUACUUUGCUCCUGUCACCCCACCAACAGCAGUGGCAGGAAGUGGACAGCGACUGUGUAGGUGCUGUGUUAUUCUCUGACAGCCCACUGCUCAGGCCCAAGGGGUGAUGAGGUGUCUCUUCUUGUAGAGAAGACCAGUCUUCAUGAUUACUCCAUCAUUACCCAAAUCUCUUGCUUCUCCACUGGGAAAGGCAUUUACAGGUAAAAGCCUUCAGUAUGGAUUGGAGUAACUCUGGUGAUAGUGUUUCACCUUUAUUUUGCUGUGAUGCAAUCAAAACUUUGUGUCCAUUAACAUAUGGCAAGAGUGGUCUUGAUGCAGCCAAGAUCACACAAGAAACCUGGAUCCCUUAUGAGGUGGGUACCUAUCUCGGUACAAAAGUCCUACCCUUGGCUUUAUCAGCAUUCCUCAAUCAGACCAUCAGUGUUAGCACAAAUUGAGCAGAAAAAUAUAACCUGUUGAUUUUCUACCUGAUCCUUAAGCCAGUGGCCUACUUUAAUCCACAGUAAUUACAUUUUGAUUAGCUGGACUUUUCACUUUGAAGAUUAAAUAGCAAUUUUAUCAAAGUGACUGUUAUGCAAAUUCAUAAUACCCAAAUAGUUUUAUAUGUAGAAACUUAUGUGGAAGGCAUGAUAAUAGGUUUCCAUGAGACACCAAAGAAAUAAGGACUCUAAACUGGGUGAAGCAGGGUCUUCACCUUUGUUAUCAGCCUGUCAUAUCCACCUCCAGGGACCAAAACAAAACAAAAGCAACUCAGUUUGUGUUGCCUGAUUGGAAAUUACAAGCUCUGGCAUAUGCUACAGCACAUAAUGCAUUUUUAUUAUAGGGAAUAAAGCUAAUUAUUCCAUACUUCUCACCAAAUAUGGGGGAUCUAAAGAAACAGGAAUUAAGGCUUAAGUUAUCUCUAGUAUACAAUUAAAAACAAUGAAUGGAUGCAUGUAGAAUGGAUGUGAUUUUUUUUUUUUAUUUUUAAAUUUUAAAAAUCAGGUUACACCAAAACUAUUCAAAAAUUUUACACACUUAAAACUCAGAAAAGUGUUGGCACCUUUUGGACUCACAAUAUAAAAAUGAAUAAACCAUUGCAAUACUU